AUGCAUCUUGACACUAGAUUUGCUGCGACCUGGUGCUACGCCAAGCGUCGCAAGUCGGUGUCUACCGUCCGCGUCCCUGCCCCCGACGCCAUCCUACCUUCGCGACCGCCCACUUCCGACAUUGUUUACCGAUCGACUCGCUCAGACAAGGCAUCCGUAUCCGCAAACAGGUCCUUCCAUCCUCCAUCUGCCAAGAUGCAGGACCGCGAGUUCACCAUGACGAAGUCGCUUCUGACCGUCUUGGUCGGUCGCUCAUCACGCAGCAACAACGCAGGCGCGGCACGUUCCAAGGUCAAGGCCGCCGCCGCCGCUGCCGAUGAGGAGUACACGUCCAAUUCGGCGCACCGCCACCGUUUCGACGACAAGUCCGGAGGACCACCACCACGCGGCUCGCUUACGGACGAAAAGCUCCCGUACCUCGAUUGGCGCUUGAAGCGAAUCAAUACCGUGCGUCACAAGUCGGAGGGCACCGCACACUGCUGGAUUGACGGGCGCGACACCAUCGGCCGCACCUCGUUGGAUUCGGAUCGCCCACUGCCCGUCGCCGCCGCCGCCGCCCCGCGCAAGGAGGAAUUUCGCGCGCCAGCAUCUAAGCAGCUGCCAACGGCAGGCAUGGUGGCAUCCAGCACACUGCCCGCCAUCUAUGCCGAGGAGAAGGACGCCGGUCUCAAGGCGCUCGAGCAUGCCUACGCCGGUGACAGCAUGCUCGCCGAUAUGCCUCGCCUUGCCAAGCGUGACACGGGCUCCGACUCCGGGACGUCGGGCGCAUCCGAUCAGCACCACAUCUCGCUCGCUCCCGUGCAGCUUCACGCCACGGCAGACAAGGACGUCGGCGUCUACUUCAGCAAGCCAAAGAGAUCUCUCCUUGUGCGUACUGGCUCGCGCUUUGGCAUGAAGAAGGCCGCCGGCGCGCGAACAACAGACGGUGGCGAGCGGGAUGUUGAAGACUCGAGGCCCAUGUCACGAAACGGUCGCUCCUUCUCUCGCAUCUGGAAUCGCUGA